ACUCUUAGCGAAAGUAACCUCCUGCAAGACCCAGGAAAGAAGAACGUCCACAUCUGCAUGAUACUCAGGGUCCAGCAAGAACCAAAGUUCAAAAGCGCCCUUCUGGACUGUCACAAAAGGUGCGGGCAGCCAUGGGCCCACGCGAGCGCAGGGUUGGGACGAUCCAAAAUACAAACGAUAGCAGCUCCCUCAGCAAGUGCUCCCUCGCGGCACACGGAUACGUGCGCGAUCCUUUUGCACCGCUGCUGGUGUCCGGCGCCCCGCGGCGUGCUCCGCUUAUCCACCGGGGUUACUAUGUGCGCGCUCGGGCCGUGAGGCACUGCGUGCGUUCCUUUUUGGAGCACGUUCCCGCCGAAGGCGGGCUGCCACUCCGGCAGAUCCUAUCUCUGGGCGCGGGUUCCGACUCGCUAUACUUCCGCCUCAAAGCUGCAGGUCGCCUGGCUCAGGCCGCCGUGUGGGAAGUGGACUUUCCGGAAGUGGCCGAGCGAAAGGCGGCGAAAAUUCGCUCUGUGCUUGAACUGGCUGCUGUGGCUGGGCCGCCCCUGAGCGCAGCGGACUUGGGCUCCGGCCCCAACUCGUCAUUGCACUUCGCCAGCAAAGACUAUCGCCUCCUGGGCAGUGACCUGCGCGACCUGGCGGCACUGGGCUACUCGCUGGAAGCGUCCGGGCUGGACGUCAGGGCACCCACGUUGCUGCUGGCCGAGGCCGUGCUCUCGUACCUGGACUCAAGCAGCGCCGCAGCCCUGGUGGCAUGGGCCGCCAGCCGCUUCACCGAUGCCAUCUUCGUACUCUAUGAACAGAUGGGGCCUCAUGACCCCUUUGGCCAGGUCAUGCUGCGGCACUUCGAGCGGCUGAACUCCCCUUUGCACGGGCUGGCCAGCUUCCCCGACGUGGCUGCCCAGCAGAGACGCUUCCUAGAUGCCGGCUGGGGAGCGUGUAGCGCAGUGGACAUGAAUGAGUUUUACCGGGGCUUCGUCCCCGCCCAGGAGCGGAGGCGCAUGGAGACGCUCGAACCCUUUGACGAGUUUGAGGAGUGGCACCUGAAGUGUUCCCACUAUUUCAUAUUGGCCGCCUCCAGCACGGGCGGCCUGGCUCAGACCCUGUUGCUUCCGUCUGUGGAGGCCUUUCCUAGAGUGGAACCGGCCCCUCCCGCUGGGGUCCUGUUCGCCAGGGUAUUAGGUGAGCUAGAGGGCGCAGCCUUGAAACGGUUUGGCCAUGCCUCUGCCCUCCUGGGCCCCAGUGUCAUCCUCAGCACUGGGGGGUUUGGUGAGCAGGAGGGCCGACACACAAGGAUGAGCAAAUGCCACGUGCUGUUUAAACAACCCGGCUCCAGGUGGAAUGCGAGCCACGUGUGUGCUGCUGGAACCCAGUGGGAUGGACGCCUCUUCCACACCAUGACGCCCUUCUCAGACACUCGGGUUCUUGUGCUGGGCGGAAGGCUGUCCCCGGUGACUCCGGCCUUAGGGAUGUACUGGCUCUGCUGGCCCUCUCCAGAGGGAAGUGGUGCUGACCUGCCGAAGGGGACGAUCACCGAGGUUGGCCCAGAAGCUGAGUUCUCUUCUCCACGAUGGCGACACUCAGCAGCUAAGGUCUUUUCUCAAAGGCAGGAAUACUUGUUUGUGUAUGGCGGGCGCAAUGGGAAGGAUCCCGUGCUAGGUGAUUGGCAUUUUCUACACAUGGACACAAUGACCUGGGUCGAUUUACCAGUAGAAGGGCCAGAACCUGAUGCCCGACAUUCUCAUAGUGCCUGCAGUUGGAAGGGAGGAGCCCUUAUUGCAGGGGGCCUGAAUGUUUCAGAGGAACCACUGGGCUCUGUACACUUUCUGAAAUCAGUCUCUAAUGGAUUUUGUUGGGAAAAGUUGGAAGUCCAGCCUCCCAUCACCCCAAGAUAUUCUCACACAGCCCAUUUAUUUGAUGGAAAGUUGCUGCUAGUGGGAGGGGUCUGGAUUCAUUCCUCCUCUGUUCCUGGAGUGACAGUGAUUGACUUGACCACAAGACUGAGCUUUGAAUACCAUAUUGACACAACCUGUGUUCCAUGGCCUCUGAUGCUGCACAAUCAUACUAGCAUCUUACUACAAGAAGAGCAACAACUCCUUCUUCUUGGAGGGGGUGGGAACUGCUUUUCUUUUGGUACCCACUUUAAUCCCCUUCCAGUAACUUUGGACCUUACUCUUUUGAGACCUAGACAAUGAUUGCUGCUGUUCACAUAGUAAAUAGAUUAUGUGUGAAGUGUCCAAAAUUAGGAAGCUAAUUUUCCAUCUCCUGAAAUGUUGGAGGGAGAUUAUAUCUGAACUUUUCUCUAGGAGAAACAGACCAGCAAGGGUCCCUUGGUAGAAAAUCACAGAUACUAUAGUUAAAUUAUGACAAUAGGAAAACUCAUGAAAGAAUAUGGAAGCAUACCUGGAAUUUAUAGUUGUGUAAGGCAACUGCAUACCACUCAGUGACUGGAAAAAUAUAAACCACUAGUCUGAACUACAAACUGAGCAGCAUGAGGAAAGAGCUUGAACAACAACCCGAAGACUACCCAAGAAAGCUUAUAAAUAAGUUGUCAUGUUAAUUUCCAGUUAGCUUGUUUCUUUAAGUUGGAUUUUGUUUCUUGUUAAAAUAAAUUAAUUAAUUUAUUUUUUACAUAGUUAUAAUUUGUCCCUUCCACUACACUCCUGCCCCAUGAAAAUCAAAACCUUCAACAUGUAUAAUACACCAAAACAUUCUCAUUCAAAAUAUGUUUAUGCAUUUUAAGUUCAUCACCUCUGGAAGGAAGCAAGUGUCAUUUUUAGUUUCUUGAACUCAUGAUUUAUUAUUCCAUUGAUCAGAGUCUAAAGUCUUUUAUCAUUAUUUUUCUCUACAAUUUUGUCAUCGUACAAAAAUAAAAUUGUAUAAAUUGUUCAUUUUUUCACUUCAUUGUAUAUCAAUUCAUUGAAGUCAAUACUUUCUUCUGAAAUUAUCAUUUUUUAUGGCAUAAUAAUAUUCCACUGUGUUUAUACAUGAAUUUGUUUUACUAUUCCCCAAUAAAAUGGCUAUUUAGUUUCCAAUUUUGGAUUACUAUGAAAAGAGUUGUUAUGAUAUUUUUGUAUAUACAGAUCUUUUUCCUUUGAUCUCUUUGGGUUAGAGGUUCAAUUUAGUAAUUUCUGGACCUUAGUACCAUGUUCUUUUUCCAGAAUGGUUGAACUAAAUUAAAUUGCAGCUUCACCAACAAUUCUUCAGUGCCCCUGUUUUCCCUCAGUUCCAACAACAUUUGUCUAUUUUUGAUGGGUGUGAAGUAAAAUCUCAAAGUUGCUUUAGUUGGCAUUUAUUUAGUGAUGUAAAAGCACUUAAUAUGAUAACUUGGAUUGCUUUGAAAACGUAUAUAUCCUUUGGCUGUUUAUCUCUGGGGAAUUAGCUCUCAGUUUUAUGUAUUUAAAUCAGUUCCUUAUGUAUCUUGGAUAUAAAAUUUUUAUCAGAGGAACUUUUUGUAACCAAUUGGAUUUUGUGCAAUACCUUGCACACAGUUCAUAUAAUAACAAAUUGUUAGCUUCGUGAAUUCUUAACCUGAAAUCUGAACCUCUGUAAAGGUCCAGAUGGACUUUAGUCAGCUGGACUGAGCUUCACCUUAUUUUCUGUACAAUAUAAACUUGUGGGGUAAAGAGGAUACAUAUUUAUACUUUUUAAGGAUGAGGAAAUGGAGGUUCAGGUUGAGUGACUUGCCCAAAGUCACAAUUAUCAAGGAUAAGAUCUCCUAAGGUACAUUUAUACUAGACAUGGUCUUUGAGGUUUUAAAGAAAAGGAGGAAAAGCAGGUGUGCAUAGGCAAAAGUUCAGCAAGCAAUGAUUUGAGAACAGAUGUCUAAAGGAUUCUAAGUGGAAUCUUGAGGCAAUAUAUCCAUAAAUAAGAGCAGAACCAGGAAUGAAGGGAGUAGUUUGAAGUAAACAGUACUACUACCAAGUCAGAGAUUUUAGUUGCCCGGAUCUUCCAGUACAUUUUAUACUACACUAUGCUAUAAGGAAGCAAGAAGGAAACAAGUGCCAAGGUCUAUGCUAAGUACUUUACAAAUGUUUCAUUUAAUCCUCCCAAGAGAGAGUGAGUUAAGGAUACUGAGGCAAACAAGUUAAGUGACUAACCCAGGGUCACACACCUAAUAAGUAUUUGAGCCCAUCUUUGAACUCAGAUCUUCCUGACUGUAGACUCAGCAUUUAUCCACUAUGCCAUCUAUCUGCCUCUACUUAUAAUUAGUUGAUUAGGAAGGACAGGAAAAUAUGGGAUUUUUUUUUCCAGGUGAUGAGUUUGGUGCAUUUUUCAUAAUAUAUUCUAAACCUGAAUUAAAAGUAAUAAAGUGAUGUCUAUUCCCCUGUGUACUGGCCAGAA